AUGGGGGACAACCAGCGGGAGGAUGUCGGAGGAGGAAACUCAGACUGGAUGUCAAGUCUCCCGGAGGAGCUCCUGGACGUCCCGCUUUGGAACCUGGCUAUUCCUGGGAGUCAUGACAGCAUGUCCUUCUGCCUGGACAUGUCCUCCCCGGUGCUCAGAUCGGAGCCCUGGCUUCUCCGGAUAACGGACCGACUUUUCCCCUGCUUGACCCGACCCUGUAUUUACCGCUGGUCCACCACACAGCAAUCUGUCCUCUGGCAUCAGUGUGAGCUCGGUAUUCGCUACUUGGACCUGCGGAUCGCCAGGAAGCCAGCAGGGGGCAGCAGUUUGUUCUUCGCCCACGGGAUCUACACGCUGACGUGCGUCAAGGAGGCUCUGGAGGAGCUGGCGUUGUGGCUGGACGCUCAUCCCAAAGAGGUCAUCAUCAUCUCCUGCUCUCACUUUGAGUCUCUGACUGAUGAAGAUCACGUCCAGCUGGUGGACUUCAUCCUCUCGCUCUUCAGCAAGAAGCUCUGUUCGUCACAGGACACUCCCACGUUGCGUUCCUGUUGGUCUGGAGGUCAGCAGGUCAUUCUCUCCUAUGAUGACCUGCAGAUGGAGUGUCAGCACCGUCAGCUGUGGCCAAAGAUUCCUUACUGGUACGCUGACAGCCCAGAUCCAAAGAAAGUGAUCACUUAUCUGGAGGAGAAGAAACGGAAAGGUAGUUUUUACGUCAGCGGUCUGAACCUGACCGAAGACGCUCUCUACAUCCUCCUCCAUCCCCUCCAGAACCUGAGGACGAUGACAAUGGAGGCGCUCUCGCCGCUGCUCCGUUGGACCGCAGAGCAGCGCCCCGGCCCAGGAGUGGGCGGAGUCAACAUCGUGUGUUGCGACUUCGUAGGUUUCAGUCGGUUCUGUUCGAUCGUGAUCGACCUAAACUUCAAGCUGCUGAAAGCUGCAGCCAGGACUUCCUCUGGUUCCCAGUUACCUCUGGGAUGA